UAAAUGUCCCAAUAUGUCAAAUUUCCUGUUCAAAGUCAUCGAUAAGAAAAUGAAUAGACAGGCCAACAUAGGGAGAAAACAUUUUGAAAUUACAUACCUGAUAUAACAAUUCUAUUCAGUGAAGUAAAAGAACUCUCAAAAUUCCUUUCUAAGAAAAUAAAAUGACCCAUUUAUCAGGGAAGCUUAAAACUCAGCAUUUCAAACAGGUAGAAAAGCCUUGAGAUCUCUUUAAACAGCAGGUGGGGUGACUUCCUAACAGCCCAGAGAAAGGAAGGCUUGUUGGGACACAUUUUCUGUCUCGGUAUUUUCAUACACAUACAUGGCUAUAUGAGUGAUACAUGCUUAGGUGAUUUGGGGAUAUGGUCUGUGGUGUCAGUGCAGGAUCUAUAACUAUGAGACUGGCAGAUGGGUAGGUUGUCCCCACCAGUGGGGGUCUUAUGUCUCAACCUAGCUUAGGCCCCUGGAAGGCAGAGUUCCAAAGAUUCCGUGACACUCUCCACCUUCUAAUUCUGCGAUGGCAACGGCAGACCGUUAGCUGCCACACAACAGCCAGUCCUAGCAGAGACUGAGCUACAGGCAGUGCCUUCAAUCUAGACUUUGGCAGUUUUAUCCUUGUUUGUCCAGUGAAGAACUUCCCAGUGUUGUCGGGCUGUGGAUCAGGAGUUUCACAUCAUCCCUGUUGUCCUGCUGUGACACACCAUCAGCAUGGCAGGAUCCCACAGCCCUGCAUCAGAUCCCGUGGCAGAACUGAACGACCUCGAAUGCCAGCAAUUGCGAUCCCAGCUGGCGAAGAGCCAACAGGACUGCUGGGAGCUCCAGGAGAAGUUUCUCAUAGCUGAGGCUACAAACUUUGCCCUGGCCAUGGAGCUGAAAAAAUACAAUUGUGAGAAGUUUAAAAACAUCAUUGAGUCCAUACUGACCAAGAAGCUCCACUUGGAGGAGCCGCUGGCAGAGAAGCCCACGGUCCCAGAGCUGCUCAGACAUUGCCGUGGCAUCCUUGAAGAUCAGGACCAAGAACUUUCCCAGUUACGUCCAAAGGUCCAAAGGGGGAGAAAUCUAGCCCACAUCCUGCAGCAGUACCUGAAGGACGUGCUCACCGUGCAUGACCCUGAGACCUGUACGGGGCAGGGCUUCCGACGACUGCUCACUGAGGCUGUCCGGCUGUCAGCGAGCCUUGAGGACCUGCUUGGAGCAGAAAAUAUUGAAGAGGAGGAAACACCAGCACAAGGACCUGUUGCUGACAGGGAGCUCUUGGAAGUGGAUGAAAUGGAAACCCCACAAAGUUCACAGCAGGAAACAUCUAUCACUGGUGCUGUUGACCACCUGCCGAGUGACUCCUGCCUGCCUGAGGGCACUGUGCAAAUGUCUCCUGAUGCUAAGGACACCCACGGUGUGCUAGGUGUAGAUGGGGAAUACGCUUGUUCACACAAGAAAGAAGAACCUGUCACCAUUCUCCCAGAAAAUCAAUAUCAUGAAGUGGAGGUACAAGAGCAAGUUGUCACAUACACUUCCAGCAGGGAGCUCCCAGAGGAGCAAGAGCAGGAAGACCCAGAGGACUCGCUGGACGAGUGCUACCUCACUCCCUCGAUUUUUCCGGUUGUUUCUGAGCUUGACCAUUCCACGUGGAGCAGCUGGUGCCCCCUGCAGCAGCAGGACAUGCUCUCUGCUCCAGAUGCAGAUGAAAAGGAAAAUGACAAUGAUGAAGUGGAAGUUGAGACACAAGCCCUAUCACACUCCAGUCUCAUCAGGGAGAUUCCAGAGAUUGAAGAUCAAGAUGUCUCACAAGACUCUCAUGAAAAUCAAUAUCAUGAAGUGGAGGUACAAGAGCAAGUUGUCACAUGCACUUCCAGCAGGGAGCUCCCAGAGGAGCAAGAGCAGGAAGACCCAGAUGAUUCGCUGGACGAGUGCUACCUCACUCCCUCGAUUUCUCCAGUCGUUUCUGAGCUUGACCAUUCCACGUGGAGCAGCUGGUGCUCCCUGGAGCAUCAGGACAUGCUCUCUGCUCCAGAUGCAAACGAAAAGGAACAUGACAAUGAUGAAGUGCAAGAGGAAACACAAGCCCUGUCACACAACAGUCUCAUCAGGGAGAUUCCAGAGAUUGAAGAUCAAGAUGUCUCACAAGACUCUCAUGAAAAUCAAUAUCACGAAGUGGAGGUACCAGAGAAAACUGUCACAUACACUUCCAGUCUCAUCAGGGAGAUUCCAGAGAUUGAAGAUCAAGAUGUCUCACAAGACUCUCACGAUAGUGAGUGCUCCAUUGUGAACAGGAACACUCCACUGUUCUCCCAGGUGUCCUCUGUAGUCUUGGGUUGCUGCACCUGUGUUGGUAGAAUUGACAAUGACAGUUGUCCCCCCAGUGCUAUAGAUCAGCAGGCACCUUUUCUUGGUGAGACCAUGCGCUUUUCCUCUGUACAGAGUCUCAUCAGGGAGAUUCCAGAGAUUGAAGAUCAAGAUGUCUCACAAGACUCUCAUGGUUGGAUGAAUCUGCUCCAUCCCCCCAAACCUUCAACAGAUAUCCAGUAUGGCUUCUGUGCCUUAAAAGUUUAA